AAUCCGAGUCCAUAGAUGCAGAUCCGAGUGACGGACUCUCGAAGAGCGAGGCGAGGUACAGCAGCACUAGCAGUCUGAGCAGCGCUGCAACGGCCAGCUCACCCCAAACCAUCCAAACCUCGAACACGGUGAAGUUAAUAAGCUCGAACAACAGAAACAGUCAGUCUUCUCCAACUUCUUCGAUCACAAGUGCAUCGACGAAUGUCACAGCUAGCUCGCAGACUCACAUUAUUAAACAAGUCUCGAGUAACAACAGCAGACCGCGAAUCGUUAGGAGUAGCUGCAGUCCGACUUUUAGACCCAUUGUUCCGAGCACAAUGGCCGAUAAGAUCACCAUUACCACUUCCAAUGCGAUGACAGUAAUGCGACCGCAAACUCCACAACAGUUCUCGCCACUGCAACAGCAGCAACAGCAACAUCAGUUAAUUUCACAACAACAGCCGGUCUCAGUCACACAACAGCAACUGCAUCUUCCGAUAAACACGCAAGUGAUAAGUACGUCUCCGAGUCUGGCAACCUUCAUGCCGACGCAUUUCGGACAGCAGCUGCGAGUGAUACCUGCUGACGCGCGUCCAUUAAUAGUGCAGUCGAACGGCACGAUAGCCACGUCAUCGGCUAAUGGUGAACAAAAGUCAUUGCUGUUGGUGGCUUCGAAUACUUCUAGCAACGAGAAUCGUGUCACACUUUUACAGUCAACCUUAACUUACGCCAACAACGAAGGCCGCCCCUUGUUACUCACCACUCAUGCGCCCGCCAUAAGUGUCACUACUGCCCAAACGAGAAUCCGAACGAUCGAAGCUACGCAAGCCACUUCAAAAAGGAUUGGUGGCGUGGCGUUGGUCGGAGGUGCGGGUCCCGAACUUGCGAGGUUGCCAGGAGGAGCGGAACUGAACAUUCUACCAGCUAAUGGCAUUUUUCGAUCAGUGAAAGCACCUGUGACCGGUGUAACGCUGAGCCAUGCGGGUGUCUCGCUACAACCAACAAAGCCCACGACCGCGACCCAUACAACGACUCUCGUUCAGCAAACGACGUCGAGCAACAAUGGCUCAAUAGCUCCUCCGUCCUCAGGACAACAAGCUGCCCAACAACAUCACGAAGGUAUUCAAGCAAAUUGUCAUUUGGUAACAACGCAAUCGGGACAUCAGCAACUCGCAAGCCUGACGCCGGUCAUUGGUCCUACAAUGACUGUACUGUCGCAAGGUAGCAACAGUCAGGUUAUCCUUACGCCAGCAGGUCCGCUAACCGGUAAGGUAAUCGGUACGCCAAUUAUCAAAGCUGGGCAGCUCAUGAGUGCUCAAUAUCUCACCGGCGUCGGUAAACUGGGUAAUCCGAACGUGGUAAUAGUUAAUCCAAAUCAUCAGCAACACCCAGCACCAGCGUCGGUCCAACAGUCGAAUAAUGGACCAACGAGUAAUGGUGAUAGCAACGUUAUCGCGAGCACACGGUCGCCUGCGUAAACAAUCAUUGUUAGAACUGUCGAUGCAGUCGAAAAUCAUCAUCAUGCUCCUUGGAGCAUCGGAGCGUCUCUAAUUGCAUAAUGAAAUACCGAAAUAAUUUUAAGAGGCGUGGAUAACUCGUGAUAAAGCGCGUAAUCGAAAAUGAUAAAAUGUUUAUUUUGCAGAGCAUUGGGUGGCCUUACAAAGGUUUCUUAGAAGAAAAAGAAGCAAAAUAAUCUGAGUAACAGCUUGAAUGUUAUUUUUUAUUGAAAUAAAAUUUUGGAAACUCAACAGGAUUACUUUAAUAAAUUCUGAAUUAAUGUUCAUUUGUGACUGUUAAUUGUGCAAACUUAACUAUUCACACACCUAGGGUGGUUAAGUAAAGAAUAAUCCAGAUCUCGUAUGUAUUGUCACCCGAGGCCAAGCCGAGAUCUGAGCAUUCUUUACUUCCACCCGUGGUAUCCAAGAGCUAGAGGGGUUCCCAUAGAAACAUGGGGCCCACCAAAGCUUAUUAAUUUAAUGUAUGUUAAUCUACUGAGCACGAUGAACGUAAUUUUUUCCCUAAAUAUUACAAAUGCAGUUUUCUCAUUUUAAACUGUUAAUUUGAAAAAAUGAAUAUUUUAUAAUAUGCUUAUAGUUUGGAAAAUUUACUGAAAAACUUAUUUCGAGCUUUAUCGCCUUACAGAUAAGAUAAACCUUAUUUACGCAUGCA